UGCUUAUUAUAAAAUUUGAUAACUGUUAUAAGUCGAUGACUAUGAACUUAGGUGUCUUUAUUGUUCUUCAGAUGAAGUAGAAGGAUUAAAUACUUUGUGAGGUUUAAUGGGAAUUAUAUUAUUUCAGGACGCGUAUGAUAGACGUGGUAGAAUUUAUUCUCUACCUGGUUGUACGUACUCGAGUAUUGUAGUUAUUACCUCACAAACACGUCACGGGACCACGCCUAUGUUAAAACGGAAGGCUUUACACCAGGCCAUCAAAGCAUAUCGUCAAGAGAACUUAGACGCCAUACGUUCAGCGCCCAACUCAAAGUUGAUGAACCAAUGCCGCCCUAACAUUUCUUUGAUCCCAUUCUUUGGCUCCCAAUGAGCUUUAUUGAGCGUAGUUGCUGUCUUCGUUGGACACUGAGCUGGCUCCCCAACAACUACUCAACUCAUUGCCUAUUCCACCCCUUCUGUACUCUUACUAAAGCCCACGCCAUUGAAUGCCUACAAAUGCAUAACCGUCUGCAACUUCCGACAACCGUCGUUGACCCCAUUUCUCAUUUGUUGAACCAACUCUCCACUCGACCCAUAAAACAGCGUGCCAAUAUCCUAGUCAACUGGAGUAUAUCUUGGCCAAUUGUCCAAAUGCUUGUUUAUGAAAUCGAUUAUCUUCAGCAGGAGAAAAUUCCCCGUACCCUGUCAGAAAUAUUAGGACAGCCCUAGCUAGACUGGCUUUAUGCGUCCACUACGAUCGUUACUUGAUUGUCCCGUUUUUUUUACCUAGUUUGCAUUGUGAUCCCUUAUCCUUUUCUUUCCUAGUACAUUUAGGGUUUUUUCUAAUUCCUGCACGUAUUUUGACCUGCCCAGGGCAAUUUUCUGAUAUGUAGUUUAUCUGUGUGCCCAUUGGGUUUAAAAUUAUAUAAUAAAAUCA